AAGUCGGGAUCAAUGUUCGAUUGAAGUUGAAAGUAACAAUUUCCUGUCCUAUGGAAUAGAAUAAAAUCCAGCUGGAAGUUGAGCUAACACGGAACAGUAACACUUAAGAAUUAAAUUUCCCGAAGGCAGUGAAAUAAGACAAUGGUCAUUGACUUUAUGAUGAGGACAUAAGGCAUGGAAAAUACACUAAAAACAACGUAAAAGAUUGAUAUGGAGAAGAAUGGUGAUCUAUGAUGAAUGUACAGUCGGAGAAUCACAAUAUUGGGGAACAGCCUGUUAGAAGUCCCUGUGUUUCGGAUGAAAUCCUGUAUGAACUUGGUUAUUCCAUAAGUCCGUCACAAGAAGAGAAGGAUGAAUCUGAUCACCUGACAAGAAAAGCUGUUGACCAAUCAGAAAUUAAGAAAGAUUUUGUUGACCAAUCAGAAUUUACUGAAAAUUUUGUUAAAAACAGAAAUACUUCCAAGUUAGAUGUGAAACAGGUUGAGGAAUCUGGGAAUUCUACAAAGGAAAUAGCUUGUGUAUUGGAUAAAGAGAAAAAACAAACAGAUGUUCAUAUUGGCUCAGAAGUGUUUAUUACAAGCUAUCCUGGACAUAAAUUGAAAGACAAGAAAUAUCUAAGGAAAAUUAAGAAGAGGAGAAGAAGAGGGAAAGGUACAACUUGCUCACCAACGAAGAUUGAAGCGAUUUGUAGGGAGAUGUCAGGCCUUGUGGUCUCUGAGGAUGAUGCAUCGGCUACUGAAACUUCCCCCGAGUCAGUGCAGUCAGAGGAAAGGACGUUACAUCGGAAUGAUUCAAAUGAAAUAAAUCUUCAAGACCAUAAUCAUGAAAGCAUAACAUCUAAACAAAUCCACAAUGAAACUUCAGAGAAAGAAAAUGAAGAUACUAAUGGAGAUCAUAGCAGCAUGAUUGAAUUGAAAAGUAAAACUGAAAAUUGUAAUUCAAGUGGUGAAACCACAGCAGUUUCAUCUACUGAUGAUGAAAAUUUAUCAAAGGAAGAAGACAAUGAAGUUGAGGGAGAACUUAGCCCAAAUGAAGGUAUUCCAUCCAAUCCAACGUCCAACACCCAGAAGUGUACAAAAUCAGGCAGUGAAGAUGAGGUAGCAAACUCUUCUGAAAUGAAAGAAACAGGAAGUACAGAUAUUCAUGGGUCCUUAAUUAAUGAGAAUAUGGAGAUUGAAAGUACAGAAAAAGAAAGUGGGGCCAACUCUGUGAAAAAGCAAGUAAUUUUACUGUCAUCAUCAAGUUCUGAUGGAAAUAAUUACAUAGACUCAAAUGAGAAUUCUUCACAAUCUGGAAAAGGUAAGAUGUUGACCACUCAGAAGAUCACGAGUGACUGUGAGGAGUAUUCAUAUGAAGAAUUGUUUGGAAAUAUUAAAAAGUGUUCCAUAAAAAUCAGAAGGCUGAGUGAGGAAUCCAUUGCUCUCUACACUGGCAGCUCUCCUAACAAACAAACAAAUAGGAAUCUACCAUCAGAAGUGUCUCAUGUCCCAGCCAUACCAACGCUCAACAAUCAACCACCUUUAUUACGUGGAGAAGAAUGCAGUGAAACAAGUCCAACAGAAACAUCCAAAGCUGAAACAAUAGCUACUGAUGAAUCCCCUGAUAAUUCAAAGGAAAAUGGUUAUACAGGUAGUGUCAUGGGGCCAGAAAAAGUGCAAGUUGAAAAUGGCAAAUUUAAAACCACACAUAGGCCAUCAAAAUUGAAAUCCAGUAACAGACGAAGGUCUAGAAGACGAUUAUCAGACGAAAUUUGUCCUUCACCAGAACCUAAAGCAAAACAUAAAACUAGUCCGAGUAAAAGUGAUAUUUUGAAAACCCAAGAAGCUACUUAUAAACCAUCCUUUAGUGAAACUCGGGUUUGUGAAAAUCUAAGAUCUUUAAGGGGUGGGAAAAUUGUGAAUCAGAAAGUUGCCACAAAUCCUAGGAAUAGAAGAGAAAGGCCUGGUUUAUUUCGAAGUCUCAGUGAAGUCAACUUUGAACACAAAAAGUCAACAAAAUUGAUGAAUUUAGAAGAGAGAAAUCCUAAUACAAAGCAAUCUCAAAAUUCGCCUUUUACAGAAAAAUUCAGUGCGCUUACUUGCAAAAAGUUUCUUGAACAGAUAAAAAAGUGUUCAGUUAACCUUAAGAAGAUUAAAUGUGAUUCACCUCUGACAGGAAUAGCAGAAAAGGCAAGGUCAACUGUUGACCUUCAAAAGGUUGACUUGGAAACCUUCAAAGUGCCUUUGACUCCUGAAAUAUACUUAAGACAACAAAGAAUGCAUAUAAAAACUCCCAAAAUAGACUCUGGAUUAUCUUUUGAAGCAAGUACCAAAGUUGUUAAUAAACCACCCACAAAGCUCCCUUCACAACAAAAAGCUGUUAGUGAAACAAACUUUCAUCAUAACUUAUCUCGAGAACAAUCAUGGCAUCAGAAAUUCAUGGCAUCCUUGAAUAAAUCUAGGAUAUCAGAGAGUGGUGUUGAAAAAGAGCUUUGCAACAGUGAGACGUGUAGCUCAGUAAAUAUGAAGGCAUGUUCCGUUCGACUAAGAAAAUUGAGUGGAGAUUCUAUUGCUAGUUUCAACCAAGGAGUUGUAAGCUCCAACAGCAAAAACCUUGGAGCAAUUACCAAAGAGCUAAGGAGCGAUGAUGCAAGCCAACUCGGACAUGCAAGUGAAUCGUCAUCCCCCAUAAAGCCAUGUAGUGUGAGUAUUCAAAGAUUAAGUAGAGAUGCCAUCACAACUCACUUAAAAAGAAGCAUGCUUACCAUAUUUGACAAAGAUUUAGCAAGAACUGAAAAAUCAGCUUCAGUAGGAAAGGAAAGUUCAUCUGUGAGUGGUACUUUGGGAUUUAUUGUUCCAUCUUUGCCUGUGCGGAAAAGGAGGGGAAGUGGAGAUACAAUGUCUAGCUUGUCAAAAUGGAGUACCAAGAGACAACCUUUGAAGGCCACCAAACCCAACAGAGGUAAAGCACCAAAACGGAAAUGGAUUGACUCGGAUAGUGUGGAGAGUGAGUCAUCUGUCAGACCAUGCAGUGUCAAGCUCUUUAGGUUAGAUCCGGAUUCCGUGUCAAACUGUGCACAUAUUCAGAAAAAUGGUGGUGACAGCAUGCCACAUCAAAUCCGUAAUCCAGCCCUCAAUGUAACUAAUGUUGACAAAGUGGUUGAUGAUGAGCUGUACUGUUUGAGAAGGUUUUUACAGGUGCCCUUGGUGCCAGAGCCAGGAUCAAGUGGAAUAUCAGAAAAUGCAAAUAAAUCUAUAGGAAAACAUGAUGUUCAUAAAAUGAUGAAGCCAUGCUCAGUUGUGUUGAAAAGAAUUACAAAAAAUCAGAACCUACAAUCUGUGAAUAUCAAGAAAGUGAUUGCUAAGCAAUUGGCAGAAAAUGUGGAGUUUUCCUCUGAAAGUGAAUCAAGCCAUGAAGAUGAAGAAUCAUCUAUGGAUAUCAACAAACUUUUAUUUUCUCUGUCCACCGGUGGAGAAGAAAAAAAUAAGGGUCAUGAAAAUGAACCAGCACAGGAUGAUAUAUUCCUAUCCACUGAAGUCAUUGGGAAAGUAUGUGAAGGUGCAGCUUACACCAAGGAUGUAGAUAAUCAUAACUCAAUGGAAGACGAAAUCACUGAAGGGUCAUCACUGCCUGAUAGAGGUAAUGGAAAGAAAGAUUUGGCAACUGCUGAAGUGAUGGGAUCAACAGCAGAUGACAGCGAAGGAAAUCCAUCAGAUCCAGUCGUUAUUCAAACUGCUGUAAAAAUCCUGACAGAUGAAAAGACUGCUGAAGAAAUGUUACUACCAGGAGAUCGUAGAGGUGCACCCCAGACAUCAGAUGCAAUUUGUAAGGAGGUGAAUAUAAAUCCCAUGAAUAUUAGUGAAGUUUCCAAGAAAAGGACUGAAAACUUGACAGAAACUGUCCCACUGCCAGUGAGAAGACCGGAGUCUGACAUAUGGAGUGAUGAUCUUCCAGAUAUUGAUGUGGAUCUGUCUGUUGCCAGUGUGUGUUCAACUAGUAAUUCUUCUUUAAAAGGAGAUGCUGGGAAAAAUGGUGAAACGUGUGCAGAUCUACAGCGAGACUAUUUUCAGUUAGCAAAAUUGACAAAAAGCUGUAGUGUAAGGUUACAGAAGAUUGAUGUAAUUUAACUACAAACGUAAAAUUUCAGGUUAAUGUGGGUUUUGUAUGACACAAAUCACUUCUACAUGUAUGUGUUGACAGAGACAUAUUUAACAGUGACAAACAACUUUUUCAGUGGUGUAUUAACUGCUUACAAUAUUAUGUAACAAGCCUACCAAAAAAAAAAAGAUUUUUCUCUCCUUCUUUGCUACAUUACGACAACUUGCUGUAAUACAUAAGAGCUGAAUUUCCAUUUUUGACUUACAACAACCAAGAAACUAUCAAAAUAUGCAAACAGACAUGGCAAUAUAUUCCGCAAGACUUUUUGUAGAAAUGGAAUAGAAGUUAAGUGAAUUGUAUGUGAAAUGUCACGAAAAAUUAUAUACUGUAUUAUUGAGAAACGUCGCGCAUGUUCUUAAACCAGAGUGUGCAUUUUUACCAAAGUAUGAUGGAUCGCAAGAUAAUACAAGACCUGGGGAAGCUGUUAGUUUCAGUUUUAUAUGUCUGGUGUUGAUAAGCUGAUUUUUAAAGAAUAUUUUGUUUAUUUUUAGUUUAAGAGUAUAUACAUGUAACAUUAUGAAUGAAUCCAGAAUAUAUUUGAAUUAUAAUUGUACUGCAUGGAUGGAUCUAGGAAGGAGAUGCGGUUAGGGGGUUACAAAGCCCACCCAUCCCUUUUGGUAGGAUUUAAACAAAAUGGUUAGUUUGGGGUCUAAAACCUAACCCCCAUUGGGGGAGCAGAAAAAGUACCAUCUUGUCACCCCACCCCCUUAAAGGUUUUCUGGAUCUGUCUGUUUUAUGCAAGAAAUCCAGGGAAAGUGAGACAGAUAAUGAUAUUGCUUAUUCAAUUUUUAUUAAUAGUUGCAGUAUGUACACAUUAGUCAUUUGAGGAAGGAUAUCAUAAUAUCAUCUUAAUCCUAUCAAUGCAGUGAUAGGGUUAAGAAAUUAUAAUUUGUUAGAAGAAAAGAAAGUUGAAGAACAUUAGACCAACCUAGAUGAAUUUUCUAUUGUAUCGUAUGCAUUUCAUUCUUUGUUGACCAAAUUUUAAAAAACCCAUUAGAAUUCAGAAUUUAAAAGAUAUUUGUUGGUAGUUUUCACAAUUUUGAAUAUGAGAAUUUAAAGAAGUUGAAACUAUGACAUAUUGGUACAGCUGUGAUAGAUCUUAGGCUAUGACUGCAUGGAAAUCUUAAAUUGUGCCUUUGAGAGUUCGUUUAGCACUGACAAAAAUAUUUUCCAUCUUUGGCAAAUGUUGAUGCUGAUUUAUACCUGUAUUGGUUACCACAUAUGUGAUGUUUAUGAAUACUAUUUUCUUCCUGUUUGAAGUCAAUGGCUGAAGAAACACAGCUGUACAACAGAAUUGAUUAAUGAAUGUUUAAUGAAAUGAACUCAGGAGAAAGCUUUCUAGUAAUUUGAAGAAAGAAAUAAAGAAAAUUCUGUUGGAUUUGUCUGAGGCGUUGAAAUGGUUUCCAGUUUAAAUUCCUGAUGUUAAAAUGUCACUUCAAUUUUCAAGCAUAAAUGUCUUGUACCUGGCUUAAAACUGUGUCGUCAAUGUUUGUGAACAGGUUGCUUCUCUGAAAUAGUUUUUAUACAGACAAGCAAAAAUGAAAAAUUAGGGCACCAGUUAAUUUGGACAAGGCAACAAUUCCAAGUCCUUUGAAAAUUCAAGGAACACCAUUAGAUAAAACAGUAACUUGAUUGACUUGAUCAUGUAUGCAAUAUAUUUAAUUACUUUUUGAAAUUCUUAAGACCACCCCCCCCCCCUCCCUCACCCCCCUUAACAAAAAGUUAUAGUGAGACAUUUUGCUUACAUGGUCUUGUGCGUGAUGCAUGUAACAUGUGUCGUGUAACCACAUAAACAUGCUUUUGUUUGGUAGUUGUAUGUUUUAUUCAAGUGGUUAGAAAUUUUGUUUAUUUUUAUUCACUACCUUUUGCAUUAGCUUGAGAAAAAUUUUCCAUCUGCAAAACAUAGAAUUUUUUUUAGUAGGACUUGUAUAUUAUAUAUAAAGCAUUUGCUUUUGAUAUGAAAAGAUGUUUUAUAAGAUUUGUAGAUAUAUAAGGGGGCUUACUAUAUGUGUUGGUUUUUUUUCAUUACUUUUUUUUUUAAUUCUACAUUUUAUACCACCUUAAAAGGACAAAUUCAUGUUACGCUAAACUGUUAGAUUUCCAGUAUUUGUUUUUCGUGCUAUACUAAUUAGUGAUAAACAUCUGCAAUCUUGGAUCGUCUGUUUAAGGCAGCACAAUGAAACGCCGCCUAUCAGUUAUAUUGUAUUUGUAGAGGAAAUGAAGACCCAUUUUGGGGUUACUGUUUUGUGAAAAUGCAUGAGAUGAUAAUUUUAUAUAUAUAUAUAUAGAGAGAGAGAGACUUUAUCUUGUUGAUAUUAACCUGUUGUGUUUGCUUUUCUUGUUAGUUAUAUUUUAGCGCUUUUUAAUUGUGCUAUUUAUAUCAUACUGAAUAGGCUACAUCAAUAUUUUAGAGCAAGAAGCUGUUGACAUGAAUGAACUGUAAAUUUAUUAAUUUCCACUGAUUGUAAAUUUUGGAUUUUUAAUACAUUUGUAACCAUGUCCAGCAUAUGAAGGAGUUUGUGUUGCAUUAAAGACAUGAUAAGUUAUA